GCGCGGACGCGGACGCGUCGACGGACGACGCGUGGGCGGACGCGCGCGCGCGGCGGCGGCGCCGUCGACGCCGUGCGUGAAAGGAAGCGCGGCGCUCACGCGAGAGGCGUGCGUGGCGUACGUGCGAGAGGGAUGUAAACCGAGGGAGAUGUUUCGGAUCGGGACGGAGCACGAAAAGCUCGGGUUCGACGCGGCGACGCUGAGACGGAUGGAUUACCCCGUCGUUCGACACGUUCUCACGUCGCUCGUCGAUCGAUACGGGUGGGCGCCGAUUUAUGAGGGGGAGAACAUCAUCGGGUGCACGAAGGAUAAGCAGAGCGUCACCUUGGAGCCGGGCGGACAGUUCGAGCUCUCGGGCGCGCCGCUCGAAAACCUGCGGCAGACGGAUGAGGAGAUUCGAUGGCACAUCGAAACCGUGACCGCGCUCGCGAAGGAAAAGGGGCAUCAAUUUAUGGGUAUCGGGUUCGAUCCGCAGUGGAGCGUCGCGGAGACGCCGAUGAUGCCCAAGGGUCGGUAUAAGAUUAUGCGCGCGUACAUGCCGAAGAAGGGCACCCGAGGAUUGGACAUGAUGUUCCGCACGUGCACCAUUCAGGUGAACCUCGAUUUCGAGGACGAGAGGGACAUGAUUCGUAAGUUUCGAACGUCAUUGGCGCUUCAACCGCUCGCGACGGCGCUCUUCGCCAACUCUGGCAUCGUGGACGGCGAGGACACCGGGUACGAGUCCAUGCGCUCAGACGUGUGGAGAGACACGGAUGACGAUCGCACGGGAACGCUCUCGUGGGUCUUCGACGAUGAUUUCGGGUUUGAAAAGUACUGCGAUUACGUCAUGAACGUCCCCAUGUACUUCGUGUACAGAAAUGGUACCUACGUCGACGUCUCUGGGGAAUCGUGGCUCGACUUCAUGGAAGGGAAGCUCCCGCAACUUCCGGGCGACACGCCGUGCCUCGCCGACUGGGAGCAACACCUCACGACGGUGUUCCCGGAGGUUCGAUUGAAGAGAUACUUGGAGAUGCGCGGUGCCGAUGGCGGCUCUUUCGAGGCCAUCAUGGCACUUCCCGCUCUCUGGGUUGGCUUGUUGUAUUCCGAAAAGGCGCUCACCGCGGCGGAAAAGCUGGUGAGCGACUGGUCCAAGGAGGAACGCGAGACGCUUCGCGUCGCCGUCACCAAGGAUGGACUCUCGGCCAAGUUCAGGAAUGGCACCGCCCGAGACAUCGCGCGCGAUAUGGUUCGGCUCGCCGUGGACGGCUUGAAGGAGCGUGGGUUGGGAGAAGAGGUGUACCUCGAGUACCUUCAACAAAUGGUUGACGGCGGCGCCACCGCCUCGUCUCGAACGCGCGCGCUCUUCACGAACGAGUGGAAGGGAGAUCUCGCCAAGGUGUACGAGUACGCCUCGUACCCUGAUGUCCUUCCCAAGUUUUAG